GGCUGGGAACCGUGGGUCCUUCUGCUUCCCCCAGCACACCGUCUCCCUCACGUCAUUUCUACCUUCCUCCUCUGCUCUCAGGGGUCCCCUCCCAGGCUCACAGAGAGACAGCUGUGCCCUGACGGUGGCGAAGGCCAAGAAGGAGAAAGCUGGGGAACGCUGACAGCCUGCCUCCUGUCCAGGAGCCGCUACCCCUACCCCAGGCCUUCCUCCUGUGGAUACAUGGUUGUGCAGGACAGCACGGAUGCCGGGGAUGCCAGAGUGGGCGUGCAGCUAGAGCCCUUCCUGCACCAGGUCGGGGGGCACCUGAGCGUGAUGAAGUAUGAUGAGCACACUGUGUGCAAGCCCCUCGUCUCCCGGGAGCAGAGGUUCUACGAAUCCCUGCCUCUGGCCAUGAAGCGGUUCACUCCUCAGUACAAAGGCACCAUCACGGUGCAUCUCCGAAAAGACAGCCGAGGCCAUCUCAGCCUGGUAGCGAACCCACUGAAGGAGAACCGGGGGCCCUUCAAGGUCUCCACGGAGUCGGCGGCAGUGGCAAUAUGGCAGACUCUCCAGCAGACCACCAGCGGCAGCGGUGGCGCCCACACCCUCGCCCAGUGGCAGCACACUCAGCUGGCACACUCACUCAAGAAGAGCUCAGCCACGUCACUCCUGAGGUCAGAGUUCCACCUCAACGCCCACGUGUCCUCGCUGGUGGAAGAUGCUAACGGAAACCAGGCCGAGAGGAGGAGCUUUAACCCGUGGGGUCUGCAGUGCCACCUGGCCCACCUGACCCGCCUGUGCACUGAGUACCCGGAGAACCAGCUGCAUCGGUUUCUGUUGCUGGAAAACGUCGUGUCACAGUACAAGUACCCCUGUAUCCUUGACCUGAAGAUGGGGACCCGGCAGCACGGGGACGAUGUGUCCGAGGAGAAGAAGGCCCGUCACAUGAGGAAGUGUGCUCAGAGCACGUCAGCCUGCCUGGGCGUCCGCAUCUGCGGCAUGCAGGUUUAUCAAAUUGAUAAGAAGCACUUUCUCUGCAAAGACAAGUAUUAUGGAAGAAAACUCUCUGUUGAGGGGUUCAGACAAGCCCUCCAUCAGUUCCUGCAUGAUGGAACCCGCCUCCGGACAGAGCUCCUGGAACCCAUCCAGCGCCAGCUUCGGGCCCUCCUCUCGGUCAUUCGGAACCAGAGCUCGUACCGGUUCUACUCCAGCUCUCUCCUCAUCAUCUAUGAUGGGCAGGAGCUGCCAGAAAGGACCUCAGAGGGCCUGCAUCCUCCGGAGGCUCCGCAGCCGGACCACGGCAGCUCUUCUGGAAGCCUCUCCAAAGUUGACAUCCGGAUGAUCGACUUUGCUCACACAACAUACAAAGGCUCCUGGAAUGAGCAUACCACUUAUGAUGGACCAGAUCCAGGCUAUAUUUUUGGCCUGGAAAACCUCAUCCAGAUCCUGCAGGAUAUUCAAGAGGGAGAAUGA